AGCUCCGGAGAGCGCGCGCGUGCGCCGUCGCGAGCUCGGAGCUGCCGGGGCCGCCGUGUGGGAGCUGGUGUGAGACCGCCGUGCGAGCCGCGGGGAUGUUCCGAAAGGCCCGGCGAGUGAACGUGCGCAAGCGGAAUGACUCGGAGGAGGAGGAGCGAGAGCGCGAUGAGGAGCAGGAGCCGCCGCCGCUGCUGCCGCCGCCGGGCACCGGCGAAGACCCGGGCUCUGGCGGCGGUGGCGGCGGCGGCGGCGACAGGGCCCCUGGGGGGGAGUCGCUGCAGGCUCCGGGGCUGCCGCCGCCUUCCGCGCUGACCCCAGGCUCCGGGGCUGAGGCCGGGGGCUGCUUCCCGGGCGGCGCGGAGCCCGGCAACGGGUUGAAGCCGCGCAAGAGGCCGCGAGAGAACAAAGAGGUGCCUCGGGCCAGCCUGCUCAGCUUCCAGGACGAGGAGGAAGAAAAUGAAGAAGUUUUCAAAGUGAAGAAAUCAAGUUACAGCAAAAAGAUAGUAAAAUUGCUUAAGAAAGAAUAUAAAGAAGAUCUUGAAAAAUCAAAGAUCAAAACAGAACUCAACUCAUCAGCUGACAACGAACCCCCUUUGGACAAAACAGGACACGUUAAGGACGCCAGUCAAGAAGAUGGAGUUAUCAUCAGUGAACAUGGUGAAGACGAGAUGGAUAUGGAAAGUGAGAAGGAGGAAGAAAAGCCAAAAGCUGGUGGAGCUUUUUCAAAUGCUUUAUCUUCUUUGAAUGUUCUCCGUCCAGGAGAAAUUCCAGAUGCAGCUUUUAUACAUGCUGCAAGGAAAAAGCGUCAGAUGGCCCGAGAAUUAGGAGAUUUCACUCCUCAUGACAGUGAGCCUGGGAAAGGCCGCCUUGUUAGAGAAGAUGAGAACGAUGCCAGUGAUGAUGAAGAUGAUGAUGAGAAACGUCGCAUAGUUUUUUCUGUGAAAGAAAAGUCACAGAGGCAAAAAAUUGCCGAGGAAAUAGGCAUUGAGGGCAGUGACGAUGAUGCUUUAGUAACUGGAGAACAAGAUGAAGAGCUCAGCCGAUGGGAACAGGAGCAGAUAAGAAAAGGAAUUAAUAUCCCUCAGGUUCAAGCAAGCCAGCCCACUGAAGUGAGCAUGUACUACCAGAACACUUACCAGACGAUACCUUAUGGUUCAUCCUAUGGCAUUCCUUAUAGUUAUACUGCCUAUGGAUCAUCUGAUGCCAAAUCUCAAAAAACAGAUAAUACAGUCCCUUUCAAAACUCCCAGUAAUGAGAUGACUCCCGUUACUAUUGAUUUGGUAAAGAAACAGCUUAAAGACAGGUUGGACUCCAUGAAAGAACUGCACAAAACAAAUCGACAGCAGCAUGAGAAACACCUGCAAAGCCAAGUGGACUCUACCAGGGCUAUUGAGAGAUUAGAAGGGUCUUCUGGGGGUAUUGGUGAACGGUAUAAAUUUUUGCAAGAAAUGCGAGGGUAUGUCCAAGACUUGCUUGAGUGUUUCAGUGAAAAGGUGCCACUGAUUAAUGAACUUGAAUCAGCAAUACAUCAGCUGUACAAACAGCGAGCUUCCCGCCUUGUCCAAAGACGACAAGAUGAUAUUAAAGAUGAAUCUUCGGAGUUUUCAAGCCAUUCAAAUAAAGCUCUGAUGGCACCAAAUCUUGAUUCCUUUGGGCGAGAUCGGGCACUGUAUCAAGAGCAUGCAAAACGUAGGAUUGCAGAACGGGAGGCCAGGAGGACGCGUCGUAGACAAGCCAGAGAGCAGACCGGUAAGAUGGCAGAUCACCUCGAAGGCCUUUCCAGUGAUGACGAAGAAACUUCUACAGAUAUUACCAACUUCAAUCUGGAAAAAGAUCGCAUUUCAAAAGAGUCCAGCAAGGUUUUUGAAGAUGUCCUUGAAAGUUUCUAUUCAAUCGACUGUAUUAAAUCCCAGUUUGAAGCAUGGCGUUCAAAAUACUAUACGUCCUAUAAGGAUGCUUACAUCGGCCUUUGUUUGCCAAAGCUGUUCAACCCCCUCAUACGGCUGCAGCUUCUCACUUGGACUCCUCUUGAGGCAAAAUGUCGUGACUUUGAGAAUAUGCUGUGGUUUGAAUCUUUGCUGUUUUACGGUUGUGAAGAACGAGAGCAAGAGAAAGAUGAUGUCGAUGUUGCGCUAUUGCCUACAAUCGUGGAAAAGGUGAUUCUGCCCAAACUAACAGUAAUAGCUGAAAAUAUGUGGGACCCUUUUUCUACAACGCAGACUUCAAGAAUGGUUGGAAUUACACUCAAAUUAAUAAAUGGAUACCCUUCAGUAGUGAAUGCAGAAAACAAAAAUACACAGGUGUACCUGAAAGCACUUUUGUUAAGAAUGAGGAGAACUUUAGAUGAUGAUGUAUUCAUGCCCUUGUAUCCCAAAAAUGUCUUGGAAAAUAAAAAUUCUGGGCCUUAUUUGUUUUUUCAACGACAGUUUUGGUCUUCAGUUAAGCUAUUAGGGAAUUUUCUUCAGUGGUACGGCAUUUUCUCAAAUAAAACUCUUCAGGAGCUAUCAAUAGAUGGUUUAUUAAAUAGAUACAUUCUCAUGGCUUUUCAGAAUUCAGAAUAUGGAGAUGACAGCAUCAAAAAAGCCCAAAAUGUAAUCAAUUGUUUCCCCAAGCAGUGGUUCGUGAAUCUGAAAGGAGAGAGAACUAUUUCUCAGUUAGAAAACUUCUGUCGAUACCUUGUACACUUAGCAGAUACAAUCUACAGAAACAGUAUCGGAUGCUCUGAUGUGGAAAAAAGAAACGCAAGGGAGAACAUAAAACAGGUAGUAAAACUCCUUGCAAGUGUUCGCGCUCUGGACCAUGCUAUGUGUGUUGCAAGUGACCACAAUGUGAAAGAAUUUAAGUCUUUGAUUGAAGGAAAAUAGAUCUGUGAGACUAAAAAGCCCAUUUGCUUUAAUACCAUUCCCAGUGUAUAAAUUUUGUAUAUAUGUAAAGUUUCUUAAACUGUAAAAUACUGAUUGUUUUAAUACAAAGAACAUUAUUAAUAUUCAA